AUGGCUCGACGCACUUUAACUCCCGCGACACCCGCACCCACUGGCCCUCCCGCCGUCCUGCCUCAUGAUCUCGCCAAACUCGCUCAGUCAGACCCCGUCUGGGCUGCCAACCUCCAACUGCUCCGACGGCAAUGGAAGUGGGCUGCAUUUAGCCAAUUCUUCUAUACAUUUGCCUCGCUGCUUGCUAUGAAUGAUGUCACACUCAUGGAUAUAGAAGACGACCUUGCACGCGGGACUGCACUCUUCCUGCCGCGGGUCGUGCAAAGACUAUUGUACACAUUGACCCAAGACCGUAAGAUCACAUCGGAUACUUGGCAAGUUGCUUUGCGUAAACAAUAUAUCAAACGCGACCCUGAGGCGGAUCCUCUCGGUCCCGAGCUCAAGCUGCCCACGCGUGACCCUUCAACAGCACCCUCAGAGUCUGCGCCCGAGCGUGUCCAGGAAGGUAGAGUGGCUGAGGUGGCGGACAGUGCACCCGCUAUAUCAGGCUUUAUGGCUCAAGAUGAGCACUCUCAGUCUGGGCAAGGCUCAGUCGCUGAAGAAAGCCGACCGCCAGACGUUAACCCUGAUAGUGAGGCAAAGAGCGAACCGACGGAUCAAUUUUCCGUCAAGAAGGAAGACACCGCUGAGCCGUCCCAGGAAGCCGUUGACGAAAGCAAGGACUGGACAGAGUUGCCGAUGCUGGUGAAGUUGGACACCCUAUACAUACUCACCGAGUGGCAGUUCCAGAAUCCUAAUCGUCUACGGACAUUGAUGAAGGACGAUGACGAAACCGCGCUUUGGCGAAUAGAGCCUAUUGGCUACGAUGCAAAGACGAAUGCAUAUUGGCUCAUAGGUCCCGACCGUUUGUGGAUUCAGCGUGUGCCGCCGAAGCCUCCCAAGGGUACCAAACGGAAACGACCCACGAACAAAGCAAGCUCUAGGUCCACAGCGAACAAAGCCGACGAGCAGGAGUAUGAGUCUGAUGCUCAGUCUUCACCGAAACGUACUCGCGUUCAAACUAAGGCGUCCAGCCGUUCCUCGCGGAGCAGAGCGAAACGUGCGCUCUCGCCGGCCCCAGAGACACCUAACGGUAGGAGCGCGCGCGCAGCCAAGCUACAGGCGAACAAAAAGCUUGACUUCCAGGCGAAGGAGCUCGCCGAGUUCCAACGCCAGGCCGCUGCAUUCGCGACUGGCAGUAAAUCUAGCUCGCGCGCGACGAGACAGACUCGGUCGCAGACGGAGUCGUCACCCACAAAGCUUUCGAAGAGAGCUGUCCUGGGCACAAGAACGAGUGCACGACUACGCGGGGCGCAGACUGUCGACGAUGAAGACGAUGAAUGGCAGCAGAUACCCGAAGAGUGGCUUAACGAGACGAUACCCGCGACGCCACAGCGUAACACUAGGAAUAAAGGUAAAGGCAGGGUAACAGAGCCGGAAGAGAGGUCGGUGGCCGUCGAGGAUACGCUAGAUAUAGAGAUGCCCGCUACAGAAGACCUGAAGACUGGGCUGGAAAGCGACGAAUCUGUCAGUGAACUCACGGAGUUAUCGGAGUAUGCUGGGGAUGAGGCCGGUGACCAGGAUGCUCCAGCUGACGAGGACGCCUUGCAAGACGAAGUAGCUCCGCCCGCCCGACAGACGCGAUCGACAAGACGUGCGACUGUAGGAAAGCGAAAUGCUGCUGUGCCUGAGACGAUUGGACAAGAGUUGGACGAUGACGUCGUAGAGGAGCCAUCAGCACAAGAGGUAUCCACAGAAGACGCUGUUGUCGGACUGAAAUUGCCUGAGGAUCUUGUUGAAUGGGAAACGAUAUGUGUGACCUUGCAUGAAUGGGAACAUAUUGCAGAGCAUUUUGAGAACGCGACUCAUUACCUUGAGAAGGCCUUGUACAAAAUGCUGUCCCAGAACAUUGUACCUUUGAUAGUUACUGAACUCAAGGAAGCAGAACGGAGGCAGAAGAUGGAAGAAGCCAUCGUGCAUAGGAAACGUUCCUCACGCAUCGCCAUAAAGGAGAGCGAGAAGGAGCAGGCUGUGGUUGCGGCGAAGAAGAAAGCUGAGGAGGAUGAAAAGUCUGCUCGCGCACGGCGACAGGAAAUGCGAGCUAAAAAGGAGGAACAGGAGCGAGCUAAGAGGGAGAAGGCAAGGGAGCAACGGCGAAUUGAGCGGGAGGAGCGGGAGAAACGUGCCCGGGAGAAGGAAGAGCGAGCAGAGAGAAGAGCGAAGGGCGAAGAGGAUAGACAUUCAACGAUGACACCUGUCCUUGCCGGCACACACUCCACCGAGUCGAUCCAGCUCAGUAGUGCACCGACUCCAACCGGCGUGCAGACUCCGAAUUGGGUCCUGGACUGCGAGAUUUGCCACAAGAAUGGCAUCAAUAUUGAUGAUGGCUCGCCAAUGGUCUCAUGUGGAGUCUGUAAACGGUGGCAGCACAAACAGUGCCAUGAUCUUGCUGACCAGCGUGCGGGACGGCCAAGGCGUAAUUGGGAGGUUCAACAGUUCUAUUGUUACAGCUGCCGCUUGCAACACACCAAUGGCGCCUAUGGCGCCUUGAUUCCUCAGCGGUUCACGCCCACCCAGCAAUAUCCCUCUUCAUCCUGGUCGCACGCACCCGUCGAUCCGGUGGCGCAUGUGCAGAAGGCUGGCCCGUCGGCGUAUCCCCGUGAUACCUAUACCCAGUCGACACCGGACCUACGUUUCGUACCGAGCCAGCAGUCGCACAAUGGAGUGAACUAUAAUCACGACGCCCAAGCACGCACGUCGACUCCCCAGAGCGGGUACACCCGUACUCAAGGCGGCAUCACGUUUUCCCACUACCAGCCCGAACAGCGCGCCUUCACUACUACGCGCACGACAAUUCCUCCCCAGACACCUGCACAACAGCCGGCGUGGGCGAACGGAUACCCUGCCGAGAGUUCGCGGACGCCCCAGCCGGUAGCAUACGCCCAAUACUCCCGUGCUCAAGCCUUCGCCAAUGGCAGGAUGCCUACGAGUUACCAGCAGCACACUCCACCGAUACCCCAGCACCAGCCGUAUGGCGUGUCGCAGAGUUCUCCCUCGCCGUCGACGAAUGGUCAGUGGAGCGGUAGCCCAAAUGGCUACUUCCCGCCGCACGACAGCGCCGUCCGCUCUGCGGCCGAGUCCCUUGCAUAUAUGCAAGGUGGUGCGAACGGCCAGCUUCUCCAGCACCAGCACCAGACAAACGGAUGGCAUCGUGCACCAACUUCACCGCCGGUCCCUCGGGCUAACGGCAGCACGCACAUGGAUCGCAGUUACCCCGCGCCCGUGUAUCCUGAGCACACUCCCCCCAUGGGCGGUGCACCCUCCUUCCCGUACUCUUCUUAGAGCGUCGAGGAUAAUGGACAUUCUCGACUUGUGCUGUGUCCUUGCGGUGUGUUUAUUUCGUUGCAUUUGCUUUGGAUCGUUGUAUCGUCGUGUAAUCAUCAGUCGCACCGUAAGGUAAUGUAGAGCACAAUAAUGGCGUGUACAUAUUGGAUAUUCGAGCGGCCCGCCUGUAUCAUAGUGUCUUUGACUAGUGACUGUGUACAGAGAUGUCCCGCGGCGGGUAGUUCUUGGAUUACAUUUUAGUCCAUUUAGGAGACAGCCUACU